AUGUUGGAAUUCCUUCACGUUAUCGACGAGUCUGUGCAAAAGGGUGACCUAUCAAUCGCAAAGUCUCUCCUUGAGCUCCUGGCGAGGUAUGGAGCGGAUCUGAACACGACGUAUUUUUAUGGGGAUAGCCCACUACACUUUGCUUGUAAGGUGGAUCACACAGGAAGCUUGGUACGACAGAUGAUUCGACAGGGCGCCGACGUCAAUUCCCAGACGAUUGGGACGAUGUCAACUCCACUGCAUUGUUGUACAGAAGCAGCAGCAAUCGCAAUUCUUGAAAACGGCGCCAGGCUCGAUAUUGCCGACAGAUAUGGAAACACUCCUCUGCAUUGCGCAACCCGUAUAGAACUCCUGCGGCUAUAUCUAGAUGCAGGCGCUGAUCCCAAUUGGAAAAACCAUAAAGGAGAGAGUGUUUUGGUGCACACAGUAGGUACGGCCACACCCCAGGUUAUGAGCCUGCUCCUUGAGCGAGGGGCUGACAUAAACUCGACGGCCGUUGGCAAAGAGACAGCUUUACAUAGAGCAAUUUGGUGGGGGAACACAUCCGCCGUGAGGUGGUUGAUUGACCAUGGAGCUAAUCCAAAUGCGAAGCUCGAUACCGGGCCAACACCACUGGAAUACGUGAUGCAGCAUCCGUCCUCGGGACCGAGAAGCCCCGUCGAGCCCGUCUCGGGACCGUCACCCCGAGCAUCCGUCACUUGCUCACCACCUCCGGUCCAACAUUUCUCUUCUGUUUUGUGUGUUUUCUUGCAUUAUACACGCAACACCGCCAUGACGCUGACCCGGGGCCACUCCUGCGUCUUGUGCCAGCAACGCAAGAUACGCUGCGAUCGACAGAAGCCAUGUGCCAACUGCGUCAAAGCACAGGUCGAGUGCAGAGUAGUCCCCUCGCAGGCUCCGCGGAGGAGAGCAAGAAGACCGCAGGAACUCUACUUGAUCCAGCGCCUGAAGAAGUAUGAAGCGUACAUGUCGCAACAUGGCCUCGACCCCCAGUCCAUUGCAGAUAGCGAGGAUGAUAUGGAGGUUGCUGGCCUCGAGAAUGAGCUUGGCCAAUUGAAGGCGUCUCUAGAGGAGAACGCGCCGGGCAUGGCUCCUCAUAAGGAAGACAAGAAAAAGAUGUCGAAAUGGUUUGCAUAUUAUAAAGAAUAUCGUAUUACUCAUGACAUGCUACAUGAUUUAAUUGAAGAUGAAUAUGACCGGCCCACUAUGCAUCACGCCUUCGAUGUCAUGUUCGAAAACAACGAUAGCUUCCCAUUCUCUGUCGGGGGGUCGUCGGCUCCAUUGGCAGGCUCACAUCCCUCUGCCAUCCACAUAUUUCAAUUAUGGCAAACAUAUAUAAAUAACGUCAAUCCUCUCCUGAAAAUAAACCACGUGCCUACACUUCAAGCACGGAUUGUCGAAGCAGGUGCCGAUACUGCAAAUGUGCCCAAACCAUUCGAGGCUCUCAUGUUUGCCAUAUAUUUUAUAUCCGUGCAUUCCAUGUCAGACGAGGAGGCUGAGAGCACCUUGGGAGACAACAAAAAGGCACUCCUGGCUAGAUAUCACCAAGCUACCCAACAAGCGCUGAUAAAUGCAGGGUUUAUGAAAUCAAAUGAGCUGGUGGUGCUUCAAGCUUAUUUGUUGUAUCUUAUCACUAUAUCGCAGUCUGUUGAUCCCCGGUCUCUGUUCUGCUUGAUUGGAAUGGCCGUGCGGAUAGCAAUACGUCUUGGUCUGCACAAAGACGGGGAAUUGUUUGGUUUGGCGCCAUUCGAGUCAGAGCUGCGGAAAAGGCUUUGGUGGCAGAUUGUCAGUCUGGAUCAGCGUAUCGCCGGAAUUACAGGCACCACAAUUACUGCUCUCUCGUCUAUCGAGGCAGAAUGUCGGGUUCCUCUGAACGUGAACGAUACCAGCCUCUAUUCUCAUGCUAAGCAACCACCGGCGCCCGAGGUUGGCGCGACGGAGAUGAUAUUUUGUCUCACCCGGAUUGACUUUGCUCUGGCAUCCAACUCCAAUGAUAGGAAAAUGCCUCCUGUGACUACAAAUAAAACCGCGGGAAUGUCUCCCGGAACACCUCUAUCAUCAACCUCGAAAACUAACAUCCCCAGCGCAAUCCAAGGCUCUCCAAAGAACAUUGAAAGUUAUUGUGCGCAUAUAGAACAUGUCUAUCUUCGACAUUGUGACUCCAACAUACCUCUUCAAUUCUUUACUCUUAUGACCGCGCGCAUUUCACUGUGUAAUCUUCAUAUUGCUGAUUUCCUGCGUCGAGGUGUCCCGUCGACGAGCCUUGAUGACCAGGAGCGCGAGAAGCUCUUCAUUGCUGCUAUCCAGAUGUUGGAAUAUGACAACAUAACGUAUACAACUUACACCGUCCGCAACUUUCUUUGGUACACGCAUUUACACAUUCCGGUCCUGGGCUAUGCUUUUCUGGUCAGCGAACUACAGCAUCGAAAAACAGGCGAACUCUGUGAGCGUGCAUGGAAGGCCAUCUGUACCAACCACGAAAAUAGAAGCCUAGUCAAGAGACACAAGAGCCCAAUGCAUAUUGCGUUUAGCGUCAAGCUAAUAAAAGCAUGGGACGCUCACUGCAAAGCAGAACGCCAACUAGGGAGAGUUGUACAGCCGCCGCCGCUGCUCAAGCAGCUUCGUGAACGCUAUUCCCACCUGGUACCUCCGCAGCGAACGGAAAGUACUUCCGCGACAGACAAUGGAGGAGUCUUUACUGAGCCCAGCUUUAGCGCAGGAACUGGUGAACAGACAGCUGGGACUGGGUCCCUUUACGAUGGCAGCACGAUGUUCUCUCAGGGUCUCGGGGGUAUGGAUAUGGCGUACGAAACCGAAUACGAGCAGAUGGACUGGACGCAGCUGGUGCAGUUUGGGGCAUUUGAAAAUUUUGGCGGUGAUCCUGGAUCAAUGUUUUCCAGUGGGUUUCACAACUACUGA